AUGAAUGCAACAAAUACACUAUAUCAUCGUCCAUUAUAUCCACGUAUGGGUGUACAACAUAUACGCAAAGAAUUUAUUCAAGUGCAAACAACAUCAACCAAUGAACAAUCAACUACGGUUGUUAAAAAUUUGAAAAAAAAUCAUUUAUUUAUUAAUGAUGAUGAACAACAUCAUGAAAAGUUGAAAUUACAAGAGAAAAUAAAACUUCGUAAAAAUGGAGGACAUAUAUUAUUGAAUACAAUUAUGCCAACAACAAGAAAGCCGAUUAAAGCAAAACAUAGAUUAUUAGAUGAAAAUAUUACUGAAUUAAUUACCGAUAUGAGAAAUGAACAUAAUCCGUGUAAUCAUCAUUCAACUAUCAAUGAUGUCAGUUGUUUGCGAACGACCAACUGUGAAGUAAUAGAAUCAAAGAAUUUCGUAUGUACUAGACCAGUUACAUCAUCACCAACCGAUUCAUGUUCUUGUCAAAUUCAAAAAAAUCAUCAUCCUAAUUCAAAUAUACAAAGAAGACUUAGUGAAGAUUGUGUUUCAUUGACAAAAUCAUUAGGAAUAACAGAAUUAAAUUGGAAUAAUGAUAAACCAACACCUGCAAAACGAAAGAAUAUAGAAAAUGUCUGUCUUCCAUCGACAUUAGACCUACGAAAUCAUAACGAUCAAUUGUCAGUGCAUUCAUUGAAUCAAAUACCUAUCAGUGAUAAUACUACAUCAACUUGUACUUCCAACACCAAUUCUUGUUUAUUAUCACCAUUUACCACCAAUUUAAAAAAACAAAAUGUUCCUUCAAAAAAACAAGGCAGAUGGAGUAUUGAUAUAACUAAACGAUCAACACGACGUAGUAGUACUGGAAGUUUGAAAAUGAAACAAUUGGAUAUUGAACAAGAUGAAAAUAUCGAUCCAAAUAUAGGAGAUACAAUGCCAGAAUCAAAAUUAGGACGUUCUGAUAUAUUUAAAGAAAUAAGACGAUCUGCACGUCGAACAUUGAGUAGUUUGUAUAAUGUAUUAAGAUAUUCUAAUUCAAAUUUAACAACUGUCAUAAAUAAUUCAAAUAUUCAUGAUCAUCAACUAGAUACUAAUCCAGUUGAAUGUAAUGAGAGAUCUACUGAUUCAUCUUCAUCCAUUCUACCAGUUGAAUUCAAUGAUCCAGUGAAAGAAAGCAUUUCUAACAAUGUUCAUUCACAAGAUAAUGAUGAGAUUUGUUUACGAUAUGUAACAUUGUCCAGACCUGAUUUAGAUGAACCAUUCGGUUUAUUUGUAAUAAAAUCUGAACAAGGUUAUCGUAUUACACGUCUCUCUGAGCAUUUCAUUCAAAACAAUCCAACUGAUGAAAUUUGUAUUGGUGAUGAAAUUAUUCAAGUGAAUCAUAUCGAUUCUAUCCAAUUCACUAUAAAUGAAUUACAAGAAUUAUUUCAAAAAAGUCAAACCCUACAAUUGACCAUUAUUCAUCGAUAACAUGUUACUACUCUCAAUUUGAAGCAUUUCAUACAUGUCUCCUUCUACUUUGACCAUUCAAUAUGAAAAAGAAAGCAACAACAACAGGCAAUUGUACAUAGAUAGCAUUUGUUCAUUUUUUAAUUA